AUGGGGGAGGACGAUGAGUUGUUUUGUUGUGAGAGAAAGGCGAAAGCGACGGGUUGUGGGAGGAAGGUGAAGGCUGGAGUCUGGGUGACGCCGCUGCGAUGGAGAUUCUCUUCCAGUCCACCACCAUUGCUCAUCAGGAAAAAAUCCAAAUUCAGUCCAAAACAACAGCCCAAAAAAAGAGUCUCCUUUUCCUUUAUUUGGGGCUUCUUAGAGGCAGAGGGGCUUGAACAGCACAACAUGUCUCAGACAAAUUGGGAAGCUGAUAAAAUGCUGGAUGUCUACAUCCAUGAUUAUUUAGUGAAGAGAGACUUGAAGGCCUCUGCUCAGGCUUUCCAAGCUGAAGGAAAAGUAUCGGCUGACCCUGUUGCUAUCGAUGCUCCUGGUGGUUUUCUCUUUGAAUGGUGGUCUGUGUUUUGGGAUAUAUUCAUCGCCAGGACAAAUGAGAAGCACUCUGAGGUUGCUGCGUCAUACAUUGAGUCUCAGCUAAUUAAGACGAGGGAGCAGCAGCAACAACAACAAUCUCAUCAACCACAGCAUCCACAGCAACUGCAGAUGCAGCAGCUGUUAUUGCAAAGGCAGGCUCAGCAGCAGCAGCAGCAGCAGCAGCAGCAACAACAGCAGCAGCGGCGGGACAGCAGCCACCUCCCGAAUGGCUCGGCUAAUGGUAUUAUUGGCAAUGAGCCUCUUACAAGACAGAAUCCUGGAACUGCCAAUGCACUGGCAACACAGAUGUACGAGGAAAAGUUGAAGCUGCCUGUUCAGAGGGAUUCUUUAGAUGAUGCAGCUAUGAAGCAAAGGUUUGGUGACAAUGUUGGCCAGCUUUUUGAUCCCAACCAUGCUUCUAUUUUGAAAUCAGCAUCAGCAACUGGACCACACUCUCGGCAAGUUUUGCAUGGUGCGACUGGUGGUAUGUCUCCCCAAGUUCAAGCUCGGAGCCAGCAAUUUCCAGGGCCUACACCAGACGUGAAGACUGAAAUGAAUUCAAUAAUGAACCCCAGAGCUGCUGGCCCUGAAGGAUCAUUAAUUGGGAUCCCUGGGUCAAAUCAAGGUGGCAACAAUUUGACAUUGAAAGGAUGGCCGCUAACUGGUCUCAAUCAGCUUCGCUCUGGACUUAUUCAGCAGCAAAAGUCGUUCAUUCAGGGUCCCCAGCCCUUUCACCAACUACAGAUGCUAACACCCCAGCAUCAGCAGCAGAUGAUGCUUGCGCAGCAGAAUUUGACUUCUCCAUCUGCUAGUGACAUGGAGAGCAGAAGGCUGAGGAUGCUUCUUAAUAACCCAAGUAUGUCUAUGGGGAAGGAUGGCCUUUCGAAUUCAGUUGGGGAUGUAGUUCCUAAUAUGGGAUCACCCGUGCAAGCUGGUGGCCCUGUUUUGCCUCGUGCAGAUCAUGAAAUGUUAUUAAAGGCUUCAAAAAACCAGACUGGAAGAAAAAGGAAACAAGCCGUGUCAUCUUCAGGACCUGCCAAUAGCUCUGGAACUGCAAACACGGCUGGGCCAUCUCCAGGUUCCCAACCUUCAACACCCUCGACUCAUACUCCAGGAGAUGUGAUGUCAAUGCCUGCUUUGCCACUUACUGGCAGUUCUUCAAAGCCUCUUAUGAUGUUUGGAGCUGACAACGCGGGUACUCUUACAUCAUCAAAUCAAUUGUGGGAUGAUAAAGAUCUUGUACAAUCUGAUAUGGUGGAUCGCUUUGUGGAUGAUGUUGAAGAUAAUGUUGAGUCUUUUUUGUCUCACGAUGAUGGAGACCCCCGAGAAGCAGUUGGUCGUUGCAUGGAUGUUAGCAAAGGGUUGUUUACAGAAGUGAGCUCUGUUCGUGCCAGUGCUAACAAAGUUGUGUGUUGCCACUUCUCAUCAGAUGGCAAGCUGCUUGCUACUGGUGGCCAUGACAAAAAGGGUGUUUUGUGGUAUACUGAAAGUUUGAAGCAAAAAACUACACUUGAAGAACACUCAUCGUUUAUUACUGAUGUUCGCUUUAGUCCAAGCAUGGCACGCCUUGCAACAUCAUCUUUUGACAAAACUGUCAGAGUUUGGGACGCCGACAAUCCGGGCUAUUCACUUCGUACCUUUACUGGACAUUCCUCCGGUGUGAUGUCACUGGAUUUUCAUCCUAACAAAGAAGAUCUCAUCUGCUCAUGUGACAGUGAUGGCGAGAUAAGAUUCUGGAGUAUUAACAAUGGUAGCUGUACUAGAGUUUCCAAGGGUGGCACUGCUCAGGUCAGAUUUCAACCUCGUCUGGGAAGGUAUCUUGCUGCAGCUGCUGAAAAUAUUGUGUAUAUAUUGGAUGCGGAGACAUUGGCUCAUCGAUAUUCAAUGAAGGGUCACACAAAAUCGAUUCAUUCUGUUUGCUGGGAUCCUUCUGGCGAUCUCUUGGCAUCCGUCAGUGAGGAUUCAGUGCGAGUCUGGACUCUGAGAUCCGGGAGUGAAAGUGAUUGUCUGCACGAGCUUAGUUGUAAUGGCAACAAAUUCCACUCCUGUGUUUUCCAUCCUACAUAUCCUUCACUGCUGGUUAUUGGCUGUUACCAGGCAAUGGAGCUUUGGAACAUGUUGGAGAAGAAGACGAUGACCCUUUCAGCUCACGAAGGAAUGAUCGCUUCUUUGGCUGCAUCAACAGCCUCGGGUCUCGUAGCUUCUGCUAGUCACGACAAAAUUGUUAAGCUCUGGAAAUGA